GUUUAGUGUUUUUGGUGUACUGGAGGCUGAUGCACUCCUCCUGUGCUGUGGUACCUCUGCUCCUGCCUCGGCUGCUCAUUAUGCCGUGCUCUCCGGUUCCCGCGCCGUGGCUGCAGGGCUCUUGUGCGCCGGGCGUGCCUCCUGGCGGCGCUGCUCCUGCUGUCCUGGUGGGGGCGGGGCUUACCGCGCUGCUCCCCGCGGCUGAGCCCCAGGCCGCCGCCCACCCCCGCGACGCCCGCAGAACCGGGGCUGGCCAGGAGAGGGCGGCGCGCGACGGCUUCACCAUCGUCAUGCAGACCUACAACCGCACCGACGUGCUGCUGCGGCUGCUCAACCACUACCAGGCCCUGCCGCGGCUGCGCCGCAUCCUGGUGUGGGAACAACGUGGCCAGCCCCCGCCCCGGGCCCUCUGGGACUCCCUGGGGCCCCACCCCGUCCCCGUCCUCUUCAAGGAGCAGAGCGCCAACCGCAUGCACCGGCUGCAGCCUUUCAGCGAGAUCGACACCGAUGCUGUGCUGAUGCUGGAUGAUGACACCCUGGUCAGCGUUCCGGACCUGAGCUUCGCCUUCUCCGUCUGGAAGCUGUUCCCGGAGCAGAUUGUGGGCUUCAUCCCCCGCAAGCACGUGACAGCGGCCUCCGGGGUGUACAGCUACGGGAUCGAGCUGCAGGACCCCGAGGAGGGGGCGGGAGACAGGUACUCCAUGGUGCUGGUGGGCGCGGCCUUCUUCCACCGCAGGUACCUGCAGCUCUUCCAGGAGCAGCCGGCUCCGGUGCUCGCCCUGGUGGACGAGAUGCAGAACUGCGACGACAUCGCCAUGAACUUCGUGGUGGCGCUGCGGCUGGGGGCGGGGCCUGUGGGGGCGGGGCCGCGGGCGGCCGGCGUGUUCGUGAGGCCCGUGGACCUGCGGAACCUGGAGCGCGAGGCGCGGAGCGGCUACCUGGGCCUGUGGCACCGGCCCGAACACCUGCUGCAGCGCUCGUCCUGCCUGAACCGCCUGGCGCGCAUCUACGGCUCCAUGCCGCUGCGCUACUCCAACAUCGUGCUCUCGCAGCUCGGCUUCCCCAGCUACGCCGACCGCAAGCCGCGGAGCUGA